AUGAUGAACAAACUCGCAUGCCCAACUCAGGCUCUCAGGCAAUUCCGAAAUGAUCACCCUGAAAUCACCUUCAUUCGUUUGCAAUGGCAGGACUACUCAGGGGUUCUCCGGACUCGUGUACUUCUCUUUGAGUCCGUUAUUGCUUUAAUCGACGAAGGAAAGCCUUUUCAGGCCGCUGGGAUCGCGAUCGACUGCACCGUCAACAAUAUCAUUCUGCAUCGAGCACCACCCCGAGGCAUGUACUGGGCAAUUCCGGACUGGUCAUCUCUUCGUGUAGCUUCUCACCCUGAAACUGCAUUGGUGAUGUGCGCCCUGGACUACGAACAACAUUCCUCAAUUCGUAGUGACCUAUGUCCACGGCAGGCGUUGACUUCGGUGUUGCGAGAGGCAAGGGAUACCUGGGGACUGGAUUUCCUCGUGGGCUUUGAGGUGGAGUUUACUGUGAUGAAAUCGUGCGCAUCCUCGGACGCAAUGGUUCGAUGUAGUGAAGGUUUUGGUCUAUUUUCUGUUGCCGGUCUACGUGAUCCUUGUUAUCAAUAUGUGGAGCAAUGUGUUCGUCAGCUACGCGCUCAGGGAGUGGAGAUUCUGGCUGUGCACACAGAGGGAGUCCGAGGGCAAUAUGAAAUUGUCCUAGGGCCACUUCCACCAACCCAAGCGAUUGAUCAGUUAUUACUGGUACACGAUUACCUUAAAGACAUAUUCUUCCGCCACGGAUACACGGUCACCAUGUCUCCAAAGCCGGUCAAUUCUGAGCCCCUAGCUAAUGGCCAGCAUAUGCAUCUUUCGCUUCAGCCCGCCAGUCCUCUUCUUGAAGAUUCGUUCCUUGCGGGUAUCCUCAAGCGUCUUCCUGGUCUUUGUGGCUUCUGCCUGCCGCUGGAAGUAUCUUACCAACGACUCAAGCCAAACGAGGCUGGAUUCUCAGUCGCCUGGGGAACAGACUCUCGACUUGUUCCUAUUCGGAAGGUUAAAUCUAGUCACUGGGAAAUCCGAUGCAUUGAUGUCACUGCCAACAUGUACUCCACCUUAGCAGCAAUCUUGGGAGCCGGACUUUUGGGCUUGGCAGGCAACGAGCCACUGAUCUGGCCGGAUCUGGGGGUUCCAGAAAAUCAAGCUUCAGAUUGCAGCGACCCGAUGCCACAAUGCCUUGAGGAUUCUUUAGCAAUCUUGGAAGCAGACACUGGGUCUUUGGCUACUAUCAUUGGUCGACCCAUGAUUGAUCACCAUAUCAAAAUGAAGCGUUUCGAGAUCGCUCAAGUGAAAAAGUUGGACCCAAAGGCAUUCAGAGAGCUUCUCAUUGAGCUGUUCUAA